AUGAGAACUUUUUCCUGGACUCCACAUGACAUGCCCGGAAUAGACCCUUCUGUCAUGAGUCACAGCCUGAAUAUCUCCAACAACUUCCCACCCGUCAAGCAGAAGCAGAGGAGGUUCGAUCCAGAGGUGAAUCAAGUCAUACAAGAGGAGGUCCAACGACUCCUAAGCACAGGGGCAAUCGAAGAAUGCUUAUACCCCAGUUGGCUUGCCAACCCCGUCGUGGUCCCAAAGAAGAAUGGGAAAAAGAGAGUAUGCAUAGACUACACAAAUUUAAACAAAGCGUGUCCCAAGGAUAGCUACCCUCUACCAAAGAUCGAUCAGAUGAUAGACGCCAAGGCAGGAUAUGAAAGGAUGAGCUUCCUUGACGCCCACUCUGGAUACAAUCAGAUCCCCAUGAAAUCAGAGGAUCAGAUUCAUACGGCUUUCAUAACAGAGGGUGGUUUAUAUUGCUACAAAGUUAUGCCCUUCGGUCUAAAGAAUGCAGGCGCAACAUACCAGAGGCUGAUGCACAAGUUGUUUUCGUCAUUACUCGGGAGAAAUAUGGAGGUUUAUAUUGACGAUAUGGUCAUCAAGUCCAAACAAAGCUCUUCACACAUAAACGACUUGACUGAGUGUUUCGACAUCCUUGAUACUCAUAAAAUGAAAUUAAACCCUUCGAAAUGUGUCUUUGGGGUAUCCUCUGGACAGUUCUUGGGUUACGUCGUCAGUCAGAGGGGCAUCGAGGCAAAUCCAACACAGAUCGCAUCCCUCUCAGAAGUCAAAGAGCCCCGAACCAUCCGUGACAUACAGGCUCUGACCGACAAAGUAGUAGCAUUAAGUCGAUUCAUAUCAAGAAUGUCUGACCGUUGCCAACCCUUCUUACAAUGCAUAAAGAAAUCUACCAACACCACCUGGGGACCAGAGCAGAAAAAAGCAUUGGAAGAGCUGAAAACUUAUUUGAGCUCUCCUCCUAUAUUGAGCUCCCCCAUUGCUAAUGAAGAUUUAUUCCUAUAUUUGUCUGUCUCACAAUUCGUUGUAAGUUCUGUCCUCUUCCGCGAAGAAGACAAUCGUCAGAGGCCAGUGUUCUACUGCAGCAAGAUGCUCUUGGACGCUGAAACCCGAUACAGUAUGAUGGAAAAGUUGGCACUCGCACUCCUUACGGCAAAGAAGAAGUUACGACAAUAUUUUGAAAGCCACACCAUCAUUGUAUAUACGGACUAUCCAUUAAAGCAGGUAUUGAGUAAGCCCGACCUCUCUGGAAGGUUAUCUAAAUGGGCCAUUGAACUAGGGACGUACGAUAUUCAGUUUUCGCCACGAAAAGCUAAAAAAGGACAGGUACUUGCCGACUUCCUGGUUGAAAUUCAGUCGUUCACCCCUGGCGCUCUGCCAGAAUUGUUAGAAUCAGAAGAUCAAUGGGUGUGGACGAUGUACACUGACGGAGCAUCCAAUUCUCAAGGGGCUGAAGCUCCCUCGGGCCUCAAAAUUGAAGAAGCCAUUCGUUUAGAGCAAUCCACGACGAACAAUGAAGCAGAAUAUGAGGCACUAAUCUACGGUUUAGAACUCGCACGAGAAAUGGGCAUCCAACGUCUGAAUGUCAGAGGCGACUCGCAGCUUAUGAUAGAGCAAGUGGCUGGAAAUUUUGAUACCAAAGCACCCCAUCUGGCUAGCCUUCUACAAAAGGUAAUUGACUUACGAUCGCAUUUUCGCCAGUUCGAACUCAUACAAGUACCUAGAGAGCAAAAUCAGAAGGCCGAUGCCCUUGCCAAGUUAGCUUCUGCGGGAGGAUGCACACGCCAGUCCACCAUAUCUAUAAGCCGAUCAAGCGAAGACAUGGGAGUCUAUUCAACCUCAUCAGAACCUGAAUGCUGGGUAGAUCCGAUCAUAAAAUACUUGACCACCUCCGAGCUCCCACCUAAUCCGAAAGAUGCAAAGCUUCUGCGCCUUCGAGCACAACGAUAUUCCAUGAUUCAUGGGACGUUGUACCGAAAAUCCUUCAACGGCCCAUACCUACGAUGUUUGCGCCCAUCAGAAGCUAAAAAAUUAUUAGAGGAAAUACAUGAGGGGACAUGUGGAAAUCACACAGGGGGACGGAGCUUGGCACACAAGGCACUUACGGUAGGGUAUUACUGGCCAUACAUGAUGACAGAAGCGCGGGAUUAUACCAAAAAAUGCGACAAAUGCCAACGAUUUGCACCCACCAUCCAUCAACCUGCUCAAACCUUACACUCCAUCGUUGCACCUUGGCCUUUUGCAAAAUGGGGUAUGGAUGUAGUAGGUGAACUACCUAAGGCUGCUGGUGGAAGACGGUAUGCUCUUGUAGCCACUGAUUACUUCACAAAAUGGGUUGUGGCAGAGGCGUACGUCACGGUCAGCAAAACAGACACUAUGUCCUUCAUCUGGAAGCAUAUUAUAUGUCGAUUUGGGAUACCGUGGGAGAUAGUCGUCGAAAAUGGAACUCUGUUCCAAAAUGCAAAGGUACAAGAGUUAUACGACACGUACAAGAUCAAGCUAAGUUUCGCCUCUGUCACUUACCCACAGGGCAAUGGACAAGCAGAGGCUUCCAACAAAGUCAUCUUUGCCAACAUUAAGAAGAAUUUGGAAGACAAAAAAGGAGCAUGGGUAGAAGAAUUAUCGAAAGUAUUAUGGGCUUAUAGGACAACAAAAAGAUCCUCCACGGGGGAAUCUCCCUACGCCAUGGUAUACGGAACAGAGGCCGUCAUUCCAACAGAAGUCGGUCCACCUACACUUCGGACAAAGAUCGCAUCUGACCCAACAACAAACAACAUUCAAUUGCUGCACAACCUAGACCUUCUAGAAGAAGCACGUACAAUGACACAAUUGCGACUAGAGAAUUAUCAAAAGGUCGCAGAACGCUACUACAACAAAAGGGUCCACUCACGAACAUUUCGAGAAGGUGAUUGGGUUCUGCAUAAGGUCACAGGCAACAAGAAGAAGCUAGAGCCUAACUGGGAAGGGCCUUUCCAAAUCAUUAAAGUACGAGGCAGAGGGUCUUACACUCUAAAGAAUAUGCUAAGCAUGAAAUCAGAAGGCGGUGUAUACUAA